GAGGGAGAGAGAGAGAGAGAGAGAGAGAGUCUGCUGUGGUGGUGUUGGAAAUCGGUCGACAUGAGCUCUACAUGAACCGUGUAAAAUGCUUUAAGACGCUUUCGGCGUUUGUCUUUCAUCCGUCUGAACCAAGGACGAGCCUGAAGCGGAGCUAUAUACUUCACGACCAGGUGUAACACUGUCUUAAGCCUGAGGGGGGCAGAAUGCCGGAGCAGAGCAACGACUAUCGUGUGGUGGUGUUCGGGGCAGGAGGAGUGGGUAAGAGCUCCCUGGUCCUGCGCUUCGUCAAGGGCACCUUCAGGGACACCUACAUCCCCACUGUGGAGGACACCUACCGCCAGGUGAUCAGCUGCGACAAGAGCGUGUGCACCCUCCAGAUCACCGACACCACAGGGAGCCACCAGUUCCCGGCCAUGCAGCGCCUGUCCAUCUCUAAAGGCCAUGCCUUCAUCCUGGUGUACUCCAUUACGAGCAAACAGUCCCUGGAGGAGCUCAAACCCAUUUACCAACAGGUCUUGGCCAUAAAGGGUAACGUUGAGGCUAUCCCCAUCAUGCUUGUGGGCAACAAGAGUGACGAAACCCAGCGGGAGGUGGAGACCAAGGAUGGGGAAGCCCAGGCCAACCAGUGGAAGUGCGCCUUCAUGGAGACGUCAGCCAAGACCAACCACAACGUCACCGAGCUCUUCCAGGAGCUCCUCAACCUGGACAAGAAGAGGAACAUGAGCCUCAACAUCGACGGCAAGCGCUCGGGGAAGCAGUCCCGCGCCGAGAGACUGAAGGGCAAAUGCAGCGUGAUGUAAAUCCAAGAGGAGGAGGAGGUGAAGGAGGUGGAGGCGAGAGAGAUAGAGAGAGAGAGAGAAAGAGAGAGAGAGAGGAGGAAAUACAGGAGGAAGAGGUGGAAGAGAAGAAAGACGACAGAGAGGAGAGACUCACAAAACGUAUCACACAGAGCAAAACCUCUGGAAGGCAACGGGAAUCUCAUCAUCCACAUCCUCCUCCGUUUGACUGGUGCAUCCACAAACACAACUCAGCUGUUCAUUUUGAAAAACAUACAGGAUCUCAGUUUGGAGCUUUUACAUCCAUGUGCAUUCUGCUAAAAAGGAGAGAUGAGGGGGAGACUGACGCGAGAAAACAGAGAGGCAAAUGAAACACAAGUGUGCGUCACAGUUUCCAUAGCGGGAAACAGCAUGUGUAUGUGUGCGUGUGCGUACGUGUGUGGACUUUUGCAUUAUCCAAGUGCCACAAAAACCUGGCUGAGGAGCUCACAAGACCUCGGACUGCAAUAAAGACCACAGACUGCAGCACCCCCCUUUGAAAAAAUACAUGGAAGGUUUCUGAUCUACACAAAACAUUUUGCGUCCUCUCUCUCACUUCUACAAUCGGCCUCCCUCUCUGCUCAGCUCUCGUCAUCCCAGCGCCCUCAUCCUUUGCAUACCCCCCCCCUCCCACCUCCUACUAUAACAAAUAUAAUGAAAAAUGUAUAUGUAACAGAAUCGACACAGUUAGUUAAGCUCAUUCAUCUGGUAGAAACACUAUUUUAAGAGACUGAGGUUGUCUGUUGUCAUGCUAGGAAGCACAGGACCCGAAAAAGGUUUGAGACUUCUAGCAUGAACAACACAAAACAUAUGACCCGGCUACACGGCAGAGCCGCUUCUGAGGACUCUGGUGUAUAUAAACAUGGGAUAUUUAAAUAUAUUCCAUCUAGUCUACACAUACCCUGCCCAAACUAUUAUAUCAAUCACAGGAAUAUGGUGAAGUUCAAAGCAUUAGGUUUAAAUAUGUGGCUAGAGGACACAUUUUCUCAUCUUUUCAUCCUCACCGUCACCUCCU